CCAACCCAACUCUCCUAAACAACCUUAAAAAUUCACUUGAUUUCUGAAUCAUGAACAACUUUCUUUCUUCAUGUCUUGCAUUAUGUUUUCUUGUUCUUCUUUACGAGACCAGAAUCGGUGAAGCCGCUGGUCGGAAUCUAAAAGAUGGAAUAUCACUUCCAUCUCAAAAAAAAUACGAACAACCAUAUCGUACCGGUUAUCAUUUUCAGCCUCCUAGCCAUUGGAUGAAUGAUCCCAAUGGACCAAUGUUAUACAAAGGAGUAUAUCAUUUUUUCUACCAAUACAACCCAGAUGCAGCUGUUUUCGGUACCAUAGUAUGGGGCCACGCAGUCUCAUACGACUUAGUAAACUGGAUCCAUCUCGACCCGGCAAUAUACCCGUCCCAAGAAGCCGAUAUCGACAGUUGUUGGUCCGGGUCAGCUACCUUUAUGCCUGAUGGAAAUAUCGCUAUGCUCUACACGGGAAGUGACUCAAAAUUGCGACAAGUCCAAGACAUAGCCUGGCCCAAAAACCUAUCUGACCCAUUUUUACGAGAAUGGGUCAAGUACCCAAAUAACCCGAUACUCACUCCACCCGAAGGUGUCAAAGAUGACUGUUUCCGUGACCCUAGCACUGCAUGGCUUGGACCCGAUAACAUUUGGCGUAUAGUAGUAGGGGGUGAUCGCGAUAAUAAUGGUAUGGCGCUUUUGUACCAAAGUAAAGAUUUUGUAACAUGGACUAGAUACACACAACCCCUUGCAGCUGCAGAUGGGACCGGGACAUGGGAAUGUCCCGAUUUUUUUCCAGUUCCGUUGAAUAGUACCAACGGGCUGGAUACAUCUGCAAAUGGGGUAAGUAUGGUACAUGUCAUGAAAGCCGGGUUUCAAGGACAUGAUUGGUAUACAAUUGGGACUUAUAGUCCCGAGCGUGAGAACUUUUUGCCGCAAAAUGGGCUCAAAUUAUCGGGUAGUACUUUGGACUUGAGAUAUGAUUAUGGCAACUUUUAUGCUUCAAAAUCGUUUUAUGAUGAUGCGAAAAAUAGAAGAGUGGUAUGGGCUUGGAUCCCCGAGUCUGAUUCUGAAGAAGAUGAUAUCGAAAAAGGAUGGGCUGGUCUUCAGUCGUUUCCUAGGGCGAUUUGGAUAGAUAGGAAUGGGAGACAACUAAUUCAAUGGCCAGUAGAGGAGAUUGAAAAACUUCGUGAAAAUGAAGUUAAGCUACAAAACAAGAAGCUAAAAUCGGGCUCUGUCCAUGAAAUUCAGGGGAUUACCGCUGCUCAGGCGGAUGUUACAAUAUCGUUUAAGUUGGAGAAUUUGGAAGAGGCGGAGGUAGUGGAUACGAGUUCAGCUGAUCCACAAGCUCUAUGUACCGAAAGGGGCGCAUCAAGCAAAGGUGCAUUUGGGCCUUUUGGUGUGUUGGCCAUGGCUUCUAAGGACUUGGAAGAACAAACAGCUAUAUUUUUUAGGGUGUUCCAAAACCAAAACGGACGAUACUCAGUGCUCAUGUGUAGCGAUCUUAGCAGGUCUUCUGUUAGAAGCAGCAUCGACAAAACAAGUUAUGGUGCCUUUGUUGAUAUUGAUCCUCGAUACGAUGAGAUUUCCGUCAGGAACUUGAUAGAUCACUCAAUCAUCGAGAGCUUUGGAGCGGAAGGAAAGACAUGUAUCACAAGUCGGACUUACCCACAAUUUGUUAACUACGACGAUGCUCAUCUUUUCAUUUUCAACAACGGGACUCAAAGCGUCAAGGUUACACAAAUGAGUGCUUGGAGUAUGAAGAACGCAGAAUUCGUUAUGGAUCAGACACUAAAAGCCUCGGCUUAGAAUGCACAGGGGCUCGGAUGUAUAAUAUCAAUCGAUAGAGUAUUCUUGUUAUUAAGUACUCCUGUAGUAAAGUAAAAGAAACAUGGGAUGCCGAAAGAGCUAGUUUUGGUAGCUCUUCUGUAAAGGGCAUUCUUUGUUGCCUUAGUCCUUGUACAAAAUUUUGGAGUUUGAGGGUUUUUUUGUGUUUAUAAUUUUCAUUGAGAUGUAACAAUAUGUGCAAAGCACAUGAUGCCAUUGUACCAAAUUAUUGUUUCAUUAAUUAAUAUAUAAAAUUACAAUUUACAAUAUUUGAGUAA